AUGCUCCAAGCAGUGUCUGUGGUCCACAGGGGCCUGUUUCACUCCUGUGCUGGACUCUCUGUGCGGAUGAGCAGCACUGGAAUAAACCCAAAGGGUCUCCUGGCCAAUAGGGUAGCUGUGGUCACAGGAUCCACUGAAGGGAUCGGCUUCGCCAUCGCGAGGUGCCUGGCCCAGGACAAGGCCCACGUGGUCGUCAGCAGCCGGAAACAGCAGAACGUGGACCUGGCAGUGGCCACGCUGCAGGGGGAGGGGCUGAGUGUGACAGGCACCGUGUGCCAUGUGGGGAAGGCCGAGGACAGGGAGUGGCUGGUAGCCAAGGUCCUGGAGCACCAUGGGGGCCUUGACUUUUUGGUGUGCAAUGCAGCCGUCAACAUCCUGGUGGGAGGCACCCUGAAGGCCAGUGAGGAGGUGUGGGACAAGAUCCUGAACAUGAAUGUGAAGUCCCCAGCCCUGCUCCUGAGCCAGCUGCUGCCCCACAUAGAGAACAGGGGGAUGAGGGCGGUCAUCCUCGUCUCCUCCAUUGCAGCCUAUGUACCACAGGCAAAACUGGGUGUCUACAAUAUCAGUAAGACGGCCAUGCUGGGCCUCACCAGGAUGCUGUCAUUGGAGCUGGCCCCCAAGGACAUCCGGGUGAACUGCCUGGUGCCAGGAGUAAUCGAGACCAGAUUCAGCCAAUUUUUCUGGAAUGAUUUCAAGAAAGAGCACAAGCUGCAGAGGCAAAUCCCUGACAUGUGUUCUGUCCUUCUACACAUGUUAGGGCAGCCCGAGGACUGUGCUGGGAUUGUGUCCUUCCUGUGCUCUCCAGACGCCAGCUACAUCACUGGUGAAAGCUUUGUGGUGACCGGUUUCUCCCCUCGGCUCUGAUGGAGCUGAGGGGUCCCUGAGCUGUGGGUCUGGGUUUAGGAGACUGGGGACAGGUGGGCUGGGAAAUCAUGAAGGUCAAGAGAUAAAGACUGAAGCUUAA